AUGAUGGAAUCCAGUAAAAUUGAAGAGGACCCUGAAGAUACCAUGGAAUCUUCAGAACUGGCAGAUGAGGAUAUAUUAACAUUCGGCAAAUCGAAUUUGAACUCAGUGCUCCUAGAAAAUUUAUUAACACGCUUUAAAAAGUUCACUCCAGUUCAACAAAAGGCCAUACCUAUAAUAUUAUCUGGCAGAGAUGUCAUGAUAAAAUCUCAGACAGGCUCUGGAAAGACUCUGGCCGCCCUAAUACCCUUGUUAAACUCGUUACUUGAUAAAUCCGGCACAUUCAGUCCAUUUGAUUUGAAGCUAUUAAUUUUAGUCCCUUCCAACGAUUUGAUAAAUCAAGUUACAGAUCUGCUGAAAAUCCUGCUAAGAAAGUGUUCUGACCGACUGUCAGUAAAACCACUAACAGAACUGAGUAAUAGCUUAUCGAAUAUUGUGGUCACAAAGCCUUCAAUAGCUGUAGAACUAUUAAAAAGCCAGCAGUUAUUAUACCUAAUAAUUGAUGAGGCUGAUUUGUUAUUUGAGUUUGGGUAUAAGAAUGACAUGUUAAAACUGAUUGAAAUUCUGAGGAACAGUUCUAAAUUCAAGUCCUUCCAGUCUGUCUUGCUCAGUGCCACACUUGACCCUGAGAUCAAAAAUAUCGCAAACCUUCUCCUGUUUAAGCCCGUUUACAUCGAUGUGCCUUACACACCAAAGUUGGGCAACGUUAAGCAAUACUAUGUGCUGGUUAAUGAAGAUGCCAAGUUGCUUAAUCUGUACGUGCUGCUUAAAAUGGAGUGCAUACCAUACGGUUCAAUUAUAUUCGUCAAUACAAAUAAAACUGGGUAUUAUUUGUACUGCUUUUUGAGGAAGUUGUGCCUGGACAUUAAUAUCAUUAGUAAACUAUUAUCGCCAAAGUUAAGGCACACUAUACUACAGAGUUUUAACCAGGGACUGCUGGGAAGCUUGAUCUUAAUUGAUGACGACAGCGAGGACGAGUUCAGCCUAAGUAGAGGAAUAGACUUCAAGAACGUUAACUGUGUGAUUAACUUUGACCAGCCGAAAAGCCUAGGGAUUUAUAAACAUAGAAUUGGACGCACAGGCCGCAAUUAUCAAAGCGGUUCAUCGCUCACCUUCUUUACGAAUGAAAGUGAUCAACUACUUCAACAACUUGUUUUUUCGGGAACAGUUAGUAAAGGCUCGCAAUUAAAGGAAGUUAUCGGAUCAGAAAAUAAUGAAGACCUAAAUGGAGUAAAUGAAGAAACACUGGACUCUGAAAUCCAAGAAAUAAAAAUAGGCGAAGAAAUGUUCGAGUCCUUUAACUAUAGAAUAAACGACGUGUUGAAGAUGAUAACGCCGAAGCUUGUUGAAAUAGCCCAGAUCCAGUCCGUGAGGCACAGCGCAAUAGAACAGGAGGAGUUUCUUAAGAAUGUUGACGAGAAUGACAUGUUACUCCUCAAGUCAGUGCUGAAAAACGACAACCAACUCCUCAAACCUGAGAAGAAACACCUCACUUUUAUUCCCAGUUACCUCAUCAAUAACCAGCUACAAUCCACAAUCGACACCGUUAAACAGCACAUAUAUCCCCACUCUCACAGCAACAAGGUUAAUAAACUGAAGAGAAGCAAGAUCAAGAAGACCGAGCAGACUAGAGAGAAGGUGCGCAAGAGGAAGCGUAAAUUCUUCAGGAAGAAGUUACCUCACUUUAAGCGUAAAAAGAAAUAA